AACUCUGCACUUUAGUACGAAACAUGAUCAAAGCAAACUGGAAGAUUGACAGCAGACGGAUUAGAACUGUCAAUGUCAGCUAGCAAAAUUUGUGAUUUGUUCGCGAUUGCUGGCAGAAGAAAAUAUUCGAUUAUUGUGAUUUUCUUUCGAGACAUUGCCAGCAAAGUCUUAACAAUUUGAAAUAUUAAACAUAAACAACGGCUAGGAAGUGUAUAUUGCUUUGGAGAGCAAAUAAAUUAAUUUUCCAGAAACAUGAGAAAAAUAUAGCAGUAGUUGCAAAAAGUACAAAGGAAAAACGAAGUAAAACGCAAAAAAGAAAACUUUCUUUUCUGCCAUUAAAAUUGGCGAAAGCAAAGCAGCUGUUGGAAUAGGCAGUGACUUUGAAAAAGUGUCAAUAAUAUAGUGAAAUCGGAUUAAAAAUAUUUGAGUGCAUUCUAAAUAUAUACUAGAUCCGUCAGGCUGUCGCCGGAAAGAAGCGGUGCAUUCACAACUUGUGGGCGUUUCGUCAUCAUAGCCAGUUAACGUUGCCACCACCGUCUCCGUAACGCAUGACUCGUUACCCACUUCGGGUGGAUGCGCAAUUCAUUUUGCAAUAGCAAGACAACCCAUUAUCAACGUGUACUGCGUUUUUUUUUAACUAACUACUGUGCAGCAUCCGCAAACGGUUGACAGUGUCACCACCUUAGUGUGGUCAAUCCAAUUGUCAUCAACAUGAAGAAGAUCUUUUCAAAAUUCGAUAAAAAUGAAAAAUUGGAUAACUCGCACAAUCACUCCACAUCGAAGGAGACCAACAGUUUUGUUGGUAAAGUGUUUACCGUGGGACGUGUAAGUGUGACCGUGGAAGAUGUGCUCGCUGAAGGUGGUUUUGCCAUGGUCUUCCUCGCCAAAGCGAACACAGGCAAUACAAAAUAUGCGCUCAAGCGUAUGUAUGUGAAUAACGAGCACGACUUGAACGUGGCCAAGAGGGAGAUUCAGAUCGCUAGUAAUCUAAGCGGUCACAAGAAUAUUAUAGGCUACGUUGACUCAAGUAUUACGCACACCGGUAACGGUGUAUGUGAAGUACUGUUGCUCAUGCCCUACUGCAAGCAGCACAUGCUGGCCAUGAUGAAUGCAAGAUUGCAGGUUGGCUUCACCGAACCGGAAGUUCUCUCCAUAUUCUGUGAUAUUUCAGAGGCAGUGUCACGCUUGCACUACUGUCAAACUCCCAUCAUCCAUAGGGAUUUGAAAGUUGAGAAUAUACUGCAGAAUGAUGCUGGUAAUUUUGUACUUUGCGAUUUUGGCUCUGCCACAGCGAAAGUAUUGAAUGCGCAACAGCAUGGCGUUACGUUUGUCGAAGAGGAAAUCCAAAAGUAUACAACACUCUCGUAUCGUGCACCCGAAAUGAUCGAUCUCUAUUCUGGCAAAAGUAUUACGACCAAAGCGGAUAUCUGGGCACUCGGUUGUAUGCUGUACAAAUUGUGUUUUUUCAAUUUGCCCUUCGGCGAAAGUACGUUGGCCAUACAGAAUGGUCAAUUCUCCAUACCAGACAAUUCCAAAUACUCAACAGGCAUGCAUCAAUUGAUUAAAUAUAUGCUCGAACCCGAUAUGGACAAACGACCGAAUAUUUGGCAAGUGUGCGAAGUGGUGUUCCGAUUGGCCGGCAAAGAUAAUCCAGUACAAAAUUUGCACAAAUCUCCACCACCAAAUUUCGAGCAACUCGUCAUCCCUCCAUUUGAGUCCGAAGCGAAACGUAUUUCUGCUGCUGCCGCAGCUAAAACACCUAAACCGCAAAGUGUGCCGAUUGUAGAGUCCGGUACGAGUGUAGCGCCACGUCAACGUCCGAAAGGCUCCUCGGCUGUACAUGGUGCGAAUCCGCUUGGUCUUGGCUUACCGCCAAGUCCAUCGCCACGCAAUAAUAUAACAUCGCCACAGCCACAACAGCAACAACAACCGAUAGUCGAACAAUUUCAAGCAAAUUUUCCACAAUUGGCACCACCAGUCGUGCCACCACAACAAACAACAGCAACAACAGCGGUGUCUACAGCCACAGUUGCCAUACCGGCAACGACACCACAAACCUCUACUAUUGUAGUUGCUGCAACACCCACAGUUGCACCACCACCACCAACAACAACACCACUAACACAACAACAACCAACUGUCAACCAAAUCGUUAACACCAAUACCGCAGUGAUUGCAGCACAACAACCACAGCCACCACCUGAAGUGCUGAAUAGCCUCUUCGAAUCGUCUGUAUAUCCAGAUCCGUUUAGUGAGAAUGCACCGGUCGCAAUGAAACAUACUGCUGUGGACACAGUCGCAUGCAGCAGUGGUCUGGGUGUUGGUGUUGGGGUGGGUCUCGGCUUGGGUUUGGGCGUGGGUGUGGGCGAUGGUUUGGAUAAUAUAGCUGUGAGCUCGUUGUCAGCGCAUCAUACAACUGUUGGCAACACACCAACAAAGAGCAGUAUGCUGACUGUGUCGGGCGUGGGCCCGAGCACUGGCAGCAGUGGCGGCACCUCUGGACAUCGACGCAAUGUCAGCGAUACGUCUGCCUUUAAUAAAACUUUCGCCAAUGAGACAUCUCAAUUCCUGGCGCCCUAUGAUCAUUCGGUCAAGAGUCGUGCGUCACACGCGCAUGACGCCAGUGGCGGCGGUGGUGAUGACAGCAUGUUGGUCAAUGCAAUGGCCAAUUCUGGCACGAAUUAUGGUGGCUCGAAUCCAGGACUCUUUCUACCAGCCGCACAAACACUGCACAUGCAAGGACAAGGUGCCGCCGCCAUGUCGGCAUCAAUAUCGAAUGCUGAAUUGACAAGCGCUCAAGUGUUACGCGCUAACAUGGAGAGUAAUACUAAUAAUAGUUUGGCAUACACAAAUGCCGAUGCGGUGGCGGCUGCUAAUCAUGCCAGUGGUAGUUCAUUAGGUAAACGCAUUGAAGCUUGGAAUCCAUUUGAGGAGCAACCAUUCGGACAAAUGACCGAAGAUCAUAUAUUUGAGGCAGAAUUCGAUAAAAUACGACAACGUGGCAGUCAAGGCAGUAUCACAGCUAAAUCUGCAUCGACUACUUCAACUCUAACGCCUACUGAAGGUUAUGCGACAAGUAUGCCUGCAACACAAACACAGUCAACGUCGCAACAGCAACAGCAGCAACCACCACAACAACAAGCACCACCACAACUUCCGGUCACGGUCACACCGUUCGGCCCAACAGUUGUUGGCGGCGCUGCAGUUACAGGUGGUGUUAGCGGUAGUGUCAAUGCCGUUGUAACACACAUUGCCGAGGAUCCAUUCGGCUCGGCGCCAUUCAGCUUGCCGGCCGGAUUGCGCGAGAAAGCAACAACACUGCGUAAAACUGGAGCUAAAUUUAACGUCACCGGUGGUCCGACGGCAUCCAUGGCUUCGUCUAGUGGCGGUGCGAGUGGCAACAUAACAGCGGCCUGCGGUACGACCUCAUCGACAGCUUCGUCCAAAUGGCUGCUAUCGCCCACGCUCGAGGUGUCGAGUGAAGAGAAAACUUCGUUGAUAAAUAAUCUUAAGACCGAUUCGGAAGGUGGCGCUGACGGUGCAUUAGGUGAUGCACUACAUUGUGUUGGUGGUGGUGAUGGGGAUUCUGUAGCCACCUUGGCUGGUGUAGCAUUGCCGGGUGGUAAUUUUGUCAAACUACCAUUAGAGGAUCGUAAUAAAUAUGAAAAGUUGCGCAGCAAUGAUAAUCCCACUUCGGAUGAUUCCGAUUCGGAGUAUUUUCAAGAAGACUACGGCAAUACGAGUGGACCCAGCAGCACAAAAGCGAUUUUCAAACAAAUUGUGACCAACAACAUACCGGAUACUAUACAUAAAAUACAACAAGCUGCUUAUCAUAAAGUCGAUAAGACGCAGUUGAAAGUGCCUAUUGUUAAGAAGUUACGUCAUUCCACUAAGAAACCGACAACGGCCGCUCAACAGGCAGCCCAACAAGUGAACGCCGCCUUAGAACAACAUGAACAACAACACCAACAAGCGGCUGCAAUUGCUGCCGCCGCUGCAGCAGCUGCAACGGGUGAUAAGUCGGAUAGCGAAGACUCGAUUGGGUCGGCAAGUGAUUUGCGUGCGGAGGAUGAUGACUUUUUCGAUGAGAAUGAUGUGCAGAGGCGUAAUACAAAGCUGCGCCGCCCCGUCAUGGAUAUGGAUGGAAUAAGUGAGAGUGUAAAGACCUGCAGUUCAUCGGCCUACCAUGCGGAAUGUGAAAGUGUCACCACGCACGAAGAUGAUGUUAGUCGUGUGUUGGUUAAGGUACGUAUGCGUAAGAAGGAUCGCACUGCUGCCGCUGUGGCAGCUGCAGCCGAAGCGAGUGGUAUUACAGCGCGCGUUGAUGAAAGUGAGUUGAGUCCGACAUCUAAUGAUUUUCUAAAUAAAUUGGGGGAUAAGCCCUUAUUGCUCGAUGAUGAGUUAGAUUAUGGUUCUGGUGAUUCCGAUUCGAAAGGUAAGAGUAGCAAUGAGACGGAGGAGUCGCCCGAAAAUGCACCAUUACCGACAUUACCAACAAAUACCAAUAACCAACCGGAGGAGUUGGAUGUGUUUGCAAUGGCGCCGUUUAAGAUGCCUGUGGGUUUGCCUUUGAAAAGGCGUACUUCGAAAACUCAACGUGCACCGCCCAAAGUGCCGGCACGAAAUCCGCCGGUGCAAACGCAAUCGCACUCGGUGGAAAUUUGGACAUCAACACCGGUAAAGGGUGCCGAUAAACGCACCAACUCAGUCGACAGCUUUGCUAAUUUUCCUUCCGGCCCCUCACCGCAAUUGGACGAAUUCAAUGAACCGUUUUUCAAUCCAUUUGUCGAACCGAAAAUGAAUACGAGUGCUGUUACACCCAAACCUCACGUACAAAGCUCGUCCAAUUUUGGCACUGUAACCGUUAUAUCAACUGUACCGGAAGCGUCCAAAGAAUCUACUACUGCGAAGCCAACAAUAGCUACAAACUUUGUGCCCAAAUUCCCGGCAACAGAAUGUCCGAUAAUCGAGCCAAAGCUUCCAGUCACCGAAGUGCCAGCGCCAGAACAAGAUCUCUUUGGCUCCGAACCAUUUCCACAGGUAAUUCGUAAAUGUAUAAUUGUGAAUCCCAUAGAAGGUGUCAAUGACAGCGUUACAAGAAAUAAGAAUAACAAUAAUAUUGUGCAAAUAAAACAAGUUCAAGCCACGCCACCAAACCAUAUAAGUCAAACACAAAACCAACAUACCGGUAUGCCAACCAUUCCGACGCCCUUUAGCACGACAACAGUACCACAGCCCAGUGGUCCUGCGCCACAACUGGUGACCAUUAACCAUUCAAUAAUCAUCAACAAAACACCCGAACCAUUGCCGAAUUCCUCACUGCAAUACCGCAAUAAUGUGAAUUCAAUUCAAUUGACUGCGCCCAUACCGGCGCCACCUUUGAGUGCAGCAGCUACUGGUACCGCUACCAACGCCUAUAUAAAAUUGCCCGCAACUGUGGUGACGAAUGCAAAUAAUAUUACCAUCGCCAAGCAUGUUAAUGUCAGUAUUCCCCCGACCAAUGUUGCCGCCAUUAAUGUACCCGCACCCAAUGCCACCGCCAUGCACAAGCCGACACUCAAAACGAGCGCGCAUGCUGCCAGCGCCCACGGUGGCAUCGUACUCAAUAUACCAAGUGGCAUGUCCCAUUCUGUUUCCUCCAUAUCUGCCAGUAAACAGGCGCAAAUGCCUAGCAAAACUUCCAUCGGUGGCUCGUCCAGCAUGAUUACGCAUUUGAAAAUGUCCGAUCAUCAGUCAUUGUUUCCAAUUGCCGAUAAUGGUUUUGUACAAAUCUCCCAAGAUCGUUGUUCGGACUUUACUACAGACGAUGAGGCGGAGCCAGUGGUUCCGCAUGGAUCGCAUGCUGCCGACAUGGAUGCAGUCACACCAGCAACAGCAGCAACAACGUCGGCGUCGACAACGAUCCUCAACAGCGCCCCCCUCACCACAACAAAACCAAAAAAGGAAAAGUCCCAUUUGGGUGUGAGAACGCUACCGGCGAAGAUAACACAAAAAGUCAAGGGACACACAUACAAAAAAGUUGUGUCCGCCAGCGUACUCGGCUCCACCUCCUCACUCACCUCGAGCAGCAAACAGAAACAUCAACGGCUACAGAGUCAAUCGCAAGACGACGAUGACGAUGAUGAUAAUGACGUUAUCGUCAAUGAAGCGAAAUAUAAAAAUCGUUCAACAACAAAUAUCUCAACCAACAGUGCAACAAAACAUUCCAAAACGACAGCUAGUGCCGGCGUCGGUAGUAACGCCAAAGGUACAAGUGCCUCAGCCAAUGCGGCAAUGACGAGUAGCUUCCAAUCGAAUACAAUACAAAAUUCUGCGAAAACUGGUUUUAGCAAUAUGAGUUUCGAAGAUUUUCCAUCCGAUCAAGAAAUCGAUCGACUCUCCAAAACCAUACCGUUCGAGGUGGUGCGCAAUGAGAAAAUGUUGCUGGAAGCCGAGAAGAAAUUCGGUUCGUUGAAACGACGCAAUAAUCUAUUCUCCUAGAAGCGAAUUUCCGAAACGAAGCGUACGUUGAAACGUGAAUUGAAACAAGUACUACAUAAAGUAUUGAAAAAUUCCAAGGAGUAAAUAAUGAAGUCAAUUAAUAGUGAAUGUUUAUAGUAUUUUGCAUAAGUAUACCUAAAUUUCUAGGUACAUAUACAUACGUAUAGUAUAUGUAGAAUUAAGUGUAGAGAUAUAUAGUUGCAAGAGAUGGAUGUGAAUCACAAGUAAAUGUGAACUGAUGCAAGAUAAUGGAUGUGAAAUGUACUAUAUACAACUUUUUGUAUUGAGUUGUAUAGGCAGCAUGCGGAGUUGAUAUGUAAUUUGGGCUCUUGCACAAUCUCGUUUAUAUGUAAAGUUAUUUAUAUUGAGCUGAAUUAAUAUUAUUUAAAUUUUUAAAAUAUCUUCGAAAUACAAAAAUUAAUUUUUUCACUCGAAAAGCUUAUAUUUUGGCUAAAAAAGUCAUUUUGCUGCUAAAUUAUUUAAUAUGUAAGAUGUAACCGUUACUUUAUGAGUUGCAAAAAAGAAAUUGAAUAUCAUGUUUAGUUUUUUAAGAACAUGUGAAACCAUAUUAAUCUCGAAAAAAAUUUUAUUUGUCAAAAAAAUAUCGUCAAAACACAUAAAAAUAUUUUUUGUUUAUUUGAAUUUUUUUUUAUAAUUUAUUGUACUACCUUAGUGUUUUACGAGAUUGUGUGAACCGCCUUAAUGAUAAAGAAAAACUAUUAUAUUGUUAUUAAAUUUAUAUAAGUAAGCAAUAGUGCAUAUUUAAAAGCGCGUUUGCUACGAAGGAUUUAAGUAUAUGCGAACGAAGUUCAAGAAAAUUUUUAAAAAUAAGUACAUACAUGUAAAUAAGUAAAUGUUAUCGAAUUGAAAUCGUUUUAAUUUAUAUAAGAAAACUUCAUAUAUACAUACAUAAUUACAUACAUAAAAAUAUUUAUUAAUGUAUUUCUUUUAAAAUUAUUAUUAUUAUAUUUUAUGAAAGCGUUGCUUGAAGUUUAUCAAUGGCUUCGUAAGGAAAACAAUAUUUAUGUAUUCGAAUGGAUUACGGCAGCUUCGUUUAAAGCAAAAAAGUGUAUUUAAAUUAAUAUUUAACUGAAGAAAAUUUAUAUUUCAUUAUUAUUUAUUAAUAUUCUUUUUUUUAUUUACAACUAACCAUUUUUUCAAACGAUAAAUUAUAAUAAAAAACACAUUAAUAUUCAUUUUAAUAUUUACACCCAACUAAAGCAAACGUAAUUCUAUUCCUAAUAGUUUAAUAUAGGAAAACUAUAUGAAUAUUUUAUAAUUUUUUAUUUGCACAUUUUUAUGCUUUUACCUCUUGCAUAAAAAGUAUUCAAUUUUCUGUUUACCUAAAAAACAUUUAAAUAAAACCUUUCAAACAUGCCUAAGCAAAAAACUAAAGAGUGAAAAAACUAAAAAGUAUUGCAAACGCUUUCGAACCAAUUCAAAUCGGACAGCUAUAGCAAAUUUACUUAAUAUAAUAAUAAUUACAAAUUUUUUAUAUUUUUUUAAAAUAAAGUAAUUGUUUUUCAUUCACUCACCCUUUUGAAAACCAGUCAACAUAGUGAAUUGACAACUGAAAAUAAAGAAAAAAGUAUUUUUAAUGUUGUAUUAGUAUUUUUAUCAUUUGAAAAUUUAAACAAUUACAAAAUACGUUUCCCCACAUAAACUCGAAAAUGUCUCGUUUUUUUAUUUUUUUGAAUAUUAAUAAAAAUUUUAGUAUGUAUAAACAUAUUUAUAUCAUACAAGGAACAAUAUUUAAUAUUGUGAGAAAUAAAAUGUAGAAAAAUGUAUUCAUAUAAUGAAUGACUCGAUUGAAGCAUGCAUAUAUAUACACUAAUGAAAAGUUACAUUCACAUAUACAUACAUAUAACUAUUGUAUUUAAGUGCGGUUUUAUAUACAUAUAUUAUAUACCAAUAUACAAAUGUAUGUUGUAUGUGUAAACUCGUUUCCGCAAUUAACGGUAAUCCGUAGAAAAUGAUGAAUGAAAUACAUUUUAAUUCAUAACGUUAUACUAAAAAAAAAGUACGUGACUUUUUGUUAAAAAAAGAACAACUUCAUUUCACCAAUUAAAAAAUAUUGAAAGUAAAAGCAACACAAAAGCAUUUAAAAAUGUAUUUUUAGCUUUUAGGCAUAUGGUUAUGCACACUGAAUUGUAUUUCUGUUAAUUUGGUUAUUUUUUAUUGUAUUCAGUCGAGUUUAGCUUAACCAGAACUGCGGUAGCAAUAAUUUUAUUUGUAUAACACAACUUUUGUAUGAGUUUAUUACUGAAAAAAAAAUUGAAAUGAAAAAGAAUUUAUUAUUUUGUGAUAAGUUAGGCAUACUAUGUAUUAUGCUUGCAGAAAGCAAAAUGAAAUAUUGUAUUUAUUUAUAAAAUGUGAAAAAUUAAACAAAAUUAAAACACUUUCAAUGAAGGGAAAAUCAACCAGCAGCAUUGUAGUCAGUUGAAAAAGUGCAUAUAAAUUUAUUCUACAAUUUUACA